UGUAGCGGCUGCUGCGCGCCGCGCCGCCUGAGCGCCGCUGCCCGCCAUGGGCCGGCCCCUCGGCCCCUCGCCGCCGCCGCCGUAGCCCGCCGGGAUGAGCCCCUGGCCGCAGUGCCAGCGCCACCCCAACGGCACCGAGCCCGGCGCCAUGGGGCAGCGGGGCAACGGGACGGGGCGGGCGGCGGAGGGCUGCAGCACCGUCUCGGUGGCGUUCCCGCUGACCAUGAUGAUCACGGGCAUCGUGGGCAAUGCCCUGGCCAUGCUGCUGGUCUCCCGCAGCUACCGGGCGAAGGACAGCCGGAGGAAGCGGUCCUUCUUGCUGUGCAUCGGCUCCCUGGCCCUCACCGACCUGCUGGGGCAGCUGCUGACCAGCCCCAUCGUCAUCUCCGUCUACCUGUCCAACCGCGCCUGGGAUGCCGUGGACCCCUCGGGCCACCUCUGCGCCUUCUUUGGCUUCAGCAUGACUGUCUUUGGCCUCUGCCCGCUCUUCAUCGCCAGCGCCAUGGCUGUGGAGAGGACGCUGGCCAUCCGCGCACCCCACUGGUACGCCAGCCACAUGAAGACGCGGGUGACGAAGGCGAUGCUGCUCAGCAUCUGGCUGGCCGUGCUGGCCUUUGCCCUGCUGCCCAUCGCCGGCCUGGGCCGGUACACGCUGCAGUGGCCCGGCACGUGGUGCUUCAUCAGCACCGCCGACAGCCGGCUCACCGGGAGCCUCUUCUUUGCCUCCACCUUCGCAAUCCUGGGGCUCCUCUCCCUCGUGGUGACAGUGGCAUGCAACCUGGCCACCAUCAAGGCCUUGGUAUCACGCUGUCGAACCAAAGCUACUACGUCGCGCUCCAGCAAGCAAUGGGGGCGAAUCGCCAUGGAGACACUGAUCCAGCUCUUGGGGAUCAUGUGUGUCCUCUCAGCCUGUUGGUCACCGCUGCUGAUAACAAUGUUGAAGAUGAUCUUCAGCCACACAUCGUUUGAACACUGCAAGGGGUUCUCCGAUGAAGCCCAAAGCUCAGAACUGCACAAAGAAUGCAAUUUCUUCUUGACAGCUGUGCGUUUGGCCUCGCUAAACCAGAUACUGGAUCCCUGGGUUUACCUCCUACUCAGAAAGAUCCUCCUCCAGAAGUUCUGCCAAGCAGCCAGUGCUGUCUCCAAGUGCUCCAACAAUGAGUGGAAAGAGAGAUCAAUCACCUUGUCAGAGGAAAUCCGACGGACAGCGGCAUGAAGGAACAAUGAUCCUUUUGCAUGGAAACUGCUUUGGCCAACGAGUAGUUUUAAAUCAUACUGUGAAUUGGGGUGUCUGUAACAGGUUAGCAUCCGCAUAAAUGGCUGAAAAUGGUAGCAUUGAAUGGACUUAUAGUGCCAAAUAAUUAUUUAUCUGAUGUACCAAAAAUUCUCAAAUACAGAAGGAAUUGAUUUUGUUUCUACAUUUUGCUGUUAUUGCCAUUUAUAACUGAGCUGCAGAACGUAAUGUUUUGUGUGCCUAAAAUAGAGUUUGGAGGGACCUUUCUUAUGUUAAGGUAGAAAAAAUGGUUUUCCUAUCAGGGGACACUUGGAAUAGAUUCAACAGAUUAAAUUACUGAAGAGACUUUCUCCUAUGUAUUUUUCAAUACUAAGGUUAUCUACUUCAGAAAGUCCUGCUUCCUCCUUUUUUCUGGAAGGAUGAGGGGAGAAAGGGGCAAAAAAGGUACAAGAAUUAAAGGAAGACAAAAUUAGGAGAGCUUAUCUGGAUUUCAGUGGCUUAAAACUGAAAAGGUUGUGUAGUACCAAUGAUGGUACAUCAUCCUCUUUUGAGAACUGAAGGUAGCACAAGUCUCAUGACACAUGGAUUUGUCCUGAUAAAUACUUGUUCUGCGUGGAUGCUAAAGGAAGUCAUUGGCUGCCGAGGAUGUAGCAUUGCGACAAAUAGCACGAGUGGGAAAUGUAUGAUUAUUUUUUUUAAAUAGCAGCCUGUGAAAUACCCAGGCAUAAUGAGAAUUGCUGUUUGCAAAGCACACUAUAAAAGUACUUUGAGCAGAUGGAGAGAAUGAUAAACAUGUUGUAAGAGACACUAAAUGUUCUCCUUCUGUAGAUUGAUAGCAAAGGUUUACAAAGCUAAAAAUACUAUUCUCAUAUGAGUUGUUUAAUUUGGAAAUGCACGUGUCCAGGAAUAAAGUGAACAUCAAAUUAUUUUUAAUAGGGAUGUCACUCAAGACUUCUUCUUUACUAAAAGGUCCUACAAAGUGGCCAGAAUAGUACCCCAAAAUAGUUUAUUUCUUCUUUCCUCCAAAAAGACAAGUUUGAGAGAGAUGGCAGCUUUGGGAAUUUUUAAAAUUGACUGGAAGACAUGGGUAGAAGUGUGUGCAUUAGUCAGAUCUUUCCCCCAGGUAACUUGCAUAUUUUAUUAGAAAACUGAGUUUUAAUCCAUUUGUGUCACAUUUGAAGGUAUUUUUUAAAGGGGCUAUAUUUUUUCCUCAUUUUCUUCAGCCUUUUGUGGAUUAUAGCCUCUAAUGUCUCCUGUUUCAUGGCCUCUUAGGCGAAAUUAGAUGCAAAUACAAUAAAAGACAAUAGAUCAUGUAGUUGUACAUCAUAUACUAUGUGCCAUAUAGUGUCGAAUUCAGGGGCCUUAAAGGCAAAUGUAAUCCUGCAUCUGCUGGGUAUUUCUUGCCCAGAACCUUUAUUUUUAAUUUCUCUUCCUUUGUUUAUAAAAGUAACUACUCAAAAAAGAAACUGGCUACUCACUUGUCUUGUUCUGCUACUGCAUUGUCUAUUUCCUUGUCUACAUAGAUCUAAUUUUAUCUGUGUGGUGUUCAAGUGCAACCUAAAAAGCUACGUCUCACUUUAAUUCAAGAGCUAGCCUAAAACCACAGAGGCACAUUUUGUAAAGUACUGUCUUUCUCUGAUCGGUACUCGUCAUCUUCUUCAGUUUAGUGAAAUAAAUUCCUUUUUCAAUUAUGAGUAGAUGGCACCCUUCAGGCUGCGGGAGCCCCUGCUCAGAGCCGUGCGGUCCUGGCAGCUGCCACAGUGUGCCUGAGCUGGUGCUGAGUGUAACAACUGCACGUGCCUGCACAUCGAUGGUGCUGCUAGCCCCGGUUCGCUUACUAAGCAGCACUUUGGGGAACACAGUGAAAAAAAAUUGUACUCGUGCUCUUUGAAAAAGUGCCUUGUGGGAUUCAUACUUUUAAAAAAAAUAAUAUUGUGAAAUACAAAAAGCCUGGUGUUCUGUCCAGAGGAUUCAUAUUGUUCAGUUUAUGUACAUUAGCUUUUUAAAACAAACCCAGUCGCUUGUAAAAUAUGUCGGGAUGACCUCAGCCGUUCGACUGAAUCAUACUUUGUCAAGAUAUUUCUAAGCAGCAGCACUUUCAGAGCACACAGCUUAUCUGGGAUGGGAGGGGGAUAUCGAGGGAGAAGUUCUGUGAGGACGAGUGAAUCAGUCCCCCCUUUUAUCAGCUCUUUUGUAGCAGCAAGAGGGGAGGGCUGGUUUUUCCUGUACACAAUCAAUCAAAUACGUGAUAAUGAGAGAAUGGCUCAAACGUGACAUCGCCUUAAGGUGGCAGCAGGAAGGGACCUUUGUUCACUUCUAGAGGAGACAAACAUGGGCUUGUUCUUAAGUGUCAGGGAUGCUUUCACUGUAGUUCACUUGAUGUUACGCCAUGCCUUUUUUUAGUGACACAGGACACUGCUUUUAUAUUUGGAAAAAGGCAGUUCUGUCCAUCUUUGGGUACGGUAGUAAGAAGAAGCUACUUUAAAUAUCAGAAAAUGGGAAAGAAUGUCUGCUUUUAAUUUGUUUACAGAAAAGGAGUUUAAGCACUAUUUGCCAGCCACGACUGCUGUAACGGGACAUGGCUGGAGGAGCGCACUUUCAAAAAUUAAUUCAAAGAGCUUAAGUGUAAAUGAAAGCUUUUACUUCCCAUUUAUUUGAUUGAGUGGGAAGUUGUAUUUUUUGUUACAUUUCUUUAAAGAUGCCUCUCUGUGUUGUACUUCUGUCAAAGACAUUAUGGGAACUGCAGCGUAUGGAAAAAUGAUUUUGAGAUAAUUGUUUGCCUUAAAAGAUAGCCUGUUUGUGUACCAAAUCCAUGUGUGUUGUAUCUGUCGGAAUAAAAGUUUGGCAGAAUAACCA